AUGUGCUUGAGGAAUUGCCAGGUGGAGGAACAGGAAAUGUUUAUCGGCGGCUGUUCACUGGCUGUGAGCCGCCUCUCGUUCAAGCUCCCGCACUGCGGAGUCCACGACUCCUAUGUCCUCUUACUGGGUUACAGCAGGGUCCUGGACCUUUAUAGUGACCCUCGAGAUUCACGGAGCUUAGCCUUUAGCCUCUCCCAGUUCACGCAACUCCCAGCUCUGUCCAUGCUGAGCCUUCUGUCCAGAGUGAUUCAGUCCUCCUCCCGCCUGCACCUUGAGGGCCGGGGGAUAAAGUUGCUACAUUUGAAAUGCCAUCAUAGAGAUGAGGCCGAGAUCAUCUGUCACAAAGUUGAAGUUAAACUCAGCAAGAAACAUUUUCCUUCUCCCCAUACAUGCAUUACUGAGCUCAGGACUUCUCACUGGGAAGAAGCCAUCCAGGAAACAGUGGGUGGGGCAGCCAACAGGAAGUUGGCUGAGGAAUGUUAUUUCCUGUGGAAAUCUACUCGUUUACAGCAUAUGACACUAGCAGAAGACAUCAAAGCCAUGCUCACUGAACUUCGAAAGGAGGUCCACCUGCUCUUAAUGAAUGGAGACAGACAAAGCCAGAGGGAGGAGACUGAGGCUUGUGCCUGCCAGUCCUAUUUUGAUGCUAUUGCUGUAGGUCAAUAGUAGAAAGGUGAGAAACCAGACCCUUCCAUAUUUUAUUACUGCUGUUACCUUCUUGGGGUGCAGCCUGGAGACUGGAUGGUUGGUGAUACGCUAGAACCCAGUAUACAAGGAGGCCUUGUGAUGGGUCUCAGCUCGGGCCUGCGGGAGCGGGAGGAAGGAAACAGGGCCUCACAGCAAAGUACGUUAUAAAAAGGGAGACUUGACUUCAGCCGGCCGGCGACUGCCAGGGAGCAAGCUCUCUAAGUGCAGCCCGAGCCCCUGUCACAACAUCCUUUCAAGCAUUUUUAACGCAUCCUGCUUAGUUUUUGCAACUUUUCCACCUUCCCCUAAAUUCUGCAAGCUAUAUUCCUUGUUUAAUGCUCGGGGGGCUUAAGUAUCCUGCUUUGCCCACCUGCUGCAGGAAGCGUGUGA